AUGGACAGAGUCGCUGUGGUGGCAGCCCGCCGGACUCCUGCAGUACCAGAAUGCAGCAUCUCGACCUCCACCUUAGCCUUCGACCACAACUUCACCACAACGGCCAAGGGACUACUCCUCCUGGCUGAGAUAGUGUGUGGUAUGUUGGUGUGGAUUCUAGUAGGGGGAACAGAGUAUUUUCACCUGUCUGCUCUCUGCUGGGUGAUGUUUGUUGCCGUCUUGUUCUGGGCUCUGACCGUUUGCCUGUUUAUAAUUUACCUCACUGGAGCCCACAACAGGAUACCAUGGGUCCCCUGGACUACACUGUCGCUGUGUUUGAACUGUUGUGCCACGGCUCUGUAUCUGGUGACAGCGGUCGUAGACGCUCUCUCAGUCAACCAGGCCAUUAGGGGGCGACACAACUACAACUGCUGGGCAGCAUCUGCAUUCUUUGCGUUUCUCACCACACUGUGCUAUGCAGGAAGCAGUUACCUGAGCUACCGUGGCUGGAAAACCACAGAAGAGGGGCAGUAGAAGAGAAACAUCGUUCAGACUUUCUCUGUGGAUCCAGCGAGGACAAGGCUUUAGUCAAAUUAAAAAUUUUAUAGAAAAUGUAAACAUGAUCUUGAUGAUCCUCUGAUCCUUUGUUGCAUGUCAUGUUUUCAGCAUGCAGACAUGGAGGCAGAGGGGGCUUUUGCUCUCAACAAGCUUUUGUGGACUCACAGUAAUAACUCAGGCGUAAAGCUGAAUUCAUUGAGGACAAGUCAGUUAAAAAUGUGGAACACUUGAACAAUUUUUAGCAUGUCUGCUGUUGCAUGUUUAAGGCUGCUGUAGUAUACAGCAUGUGCUGUAAGGAUGUAACUUUUUACUUCAUGUAAACUUAAGUGCAUUUUGUCGCUGGAGUGGAGCAUAACAUUAAGAUGCAGGUCACACAAUUCAGAAUGAGACACUGAGUAUGCUGUGUGAGACAGAACGGCAGAGUUGGCCCUUUUUAAAUUCUUUACUUUAAAUGUUUCCAAAUGUUUUCCUUCAUUGUUAUUGCAUACAACCCAGUUGCUUUUAUUUUGUCGGUUUAUGAAUUUUGCAUAAUUGCCACAAGCUCACAAGAGGAAAAAAGUCGAAUACAAGAGUAUGCUGCAUGCCAGAGAAUUUAAUAUGUCUCAGAGUGAACAUUUCUACAACCAUUAAAAACAUUCAGAAAGAAAAAUCAUGUAGACAUUUGCAUAAUCUCUUGGUAUCCUCAGAAUAUAUCUGAUUUUGAUAAAGUGUGAUAAAUCAUUGCUUUGUUUCCUUCAUUGCUGCAGAUGCGAAAAUAAAUCCCCUU